GUGGGCUCUUAUCUAUGAUGUUUCUGAAGACGAGUUAGACUGUGCAAUGGGUUUAUUAUAGUAUGUUCUAAAUGUCCUCUAAAUACUCCAUCCAACCAGUGAUAGAAUAUCUAAAAUUGGAACCUGAUGUUUAUGUGCAGUUGAAACUGCUGCUGCUCGCUUUUAGUGUGCUUUGUAAAGUUUGUAUCAAUGCCUGAUUUCUACAGAACGGUAUGAAGCCAACGUGAUAUCGUUUCCUUCGUAACAACGCAAUAUGGUUUCCUGUAACUGAAGAAUUACUGUGUAGUGUCACCUCUGAGAGACUCUGUACGAAGGAGGUAUUCAUUUAAUAGAAGAUAUACUCACAAUCUUUCAGCAUUUUGGUACGAUUGGGUUCCUGUUAAACCUGUGUUCCCUGGUCUACUUUGAGUAAAUCUUGAAUACUAAAAUUGACUGAAAUUGUGUUCAUAACCAUAUAAUCAGUUCUAAGGAGAUGUAAGGGUCUGGCACCGCUGUGCUGUUAAUAAUGCAAUAAGCAUGUAUAGCCCAUAUGAUAAAAAUGUCAUCUUAUUAGGCGCACGUAUCCAUCUCUUAGUACAGCUGCUCGCGGUGCAGUUUUCCACCUGCAGAGUGUAAAUGUAGCAUUUUUUCUGCAUUAUUAUUUUGAAUUAAUUAAUUUUAUUCAAAAUUAUUUAUUUAUUUUUAUGUAUAUUUAUUUAUGACAGACCUGACAUGGAAGGAAAGAUAGGCAAAAUAGAUGCAAAUACUCUUCGGGGUCACCAUCCAUCACCACCCUGGUGCAUUCCCGGACCUCUGCCUAGGUGGCUCGAACAAAGGAUAUGUUAAGUCCCUGAGUCCCAAAUCGGCUACAGGAGGUACUGGAUGAAAUGCCUUCAUCAUGGAAAAGAAAUAUAUCCAAGGGGAAAAAGCAGAAUUCAUCUCAAGAUCAAGGAAAGAAUCAACAAAAAAUGAGUGAAUCCACAAAAUAUGUUUCAUCAAAAGAGCCUAAGAAAAGAAAUUUAUUUGGUAGAUCCAUCCCAGAGCAUCUUAGAUCACCAGGCCUUGACAAAGAGUGUUUCGUUUUAAUCAAGCGACAUAAAACAAAUAUUGAUAUGUUAGAUAAUUGCAUAAUGAAUGUUAAUCGGGAUUCCUGUGCCUGUGAUGAUAGCAACUGUGAUGUUGGUGGUGAUGGAAACAUAUCACAGGAUUCAUUAAGUGGUUCAACUGUGCAUCCUGAAUGUACCAUAAAUUUACCAGAACUGCUAUUGCAUCCAGAGACAACUAUAAAUCAAUCAAAGUCAGGUGAUACUCAUCAACAAUUCACCAUAAGUAGGGAACAAUUUACAAGUAAUUCUCUCACCAACAGAAAUUCUGGGAAAAGGGAUUCCCAACAGAAUAUGAAAAGAGGAGAAGUUAAUGUUUCGCCAGAAGUAAACCAAAGUCUUGAUUGUGGAGAUAACUUUUAUGAGAACUUAAUCAGAGAAAAUGAUGUAGACAUGGAAAGGCAUAUGGAAAAUCUGGCAGGUGGCGCUAAUUGUGUUAAGAGUUUGAGCGCUACAGACAGUGGUAGUAGUUGCAGAAAAUCAAAGACAAGUUGCCAUGAAGAAAAAAAUUGUGUUAUUGAGCGGGAAGAUGAAGAAGUGUGCGAGGAUGGUGGGUCUGAGAUGGAUAUUAGUAGACUUUUGUCAACAGUUUCUCGCAGAGAAAAACAGUCAAAUAUUUGUUCAAAGAAAAUUCUAACUAAAUCACCUGGGAAUACAAAGGAUUCUCUAGACAUCUAUGACUAUGAAUCUUCUGACAAUGUGAGUAGUGUGAAUGUUGAAAAAACUAAUGAAGCUGUUGUCAGUCAUUGUAGAAGGUCUGGCAAAUGUCAGAGUUCAAAGUCAAAACGUAAGAAAAAAGACGAUGGAUGUCACGUAUCAACAAGAAACUACAUUGCACCAGUUGGGAUUGGCCUUCAGAAGUUCCUACUUAAUUUGGACCUACUCCAAGGGUUAAAACUGCAUCAUGGAAAACGUGACGUAAAGCGAAAAUUUGUUAAGAUGCAGCGGCAAGAGACAGCCAUGAAGAUCAAAUCAUGGCAGAGGGGUCAGCGUAUUCAUGAGAAUGUUCGCUAUGAUGACCACUUUUUGUUAACUGAAGAAGGAAAAAAGUUAGCUCAGCAAAUGAAGAGACGGGAACGUAGAGUGCAAUAUGUUGUUAAUUGGUACAUAUGGUGCCCAGGUCAUGGAAACUGUCUGCGCAAGUGCGGUGGAUACGGCCAAUGUGUUGAAGGUUGUAAAGGAAAAAUUAACAAACAGGAUCGACACAAUUGCAGUGUUCUUAUCAAUUUAAAACUUUAUCCAAAUAAUAUAAAAAUGUGGGUUAUUAGCAUCAGUGGUGACCAUAUUCCCCCUGGAAACCCCACUCGCUGGAUACCACCGGCAAGUGAUAGAUUACAAUUAGAUGAUGAAAUGCAUGAUAGUAUAUUAAGUAUGGUUGCUGAAGGUUGUACAUUGAAUGAGAUCUACAGAAGACUUCAAGCAGAAAACCAGGACAGAGAAAUUCCUCACAUCAAGAAAAUAAAAAGUUUCAUUGGUUAUUUGAAGUACCAACAGACUAAAUAAGCAUGAUGACUUACAAUACAAUAUGUAUAUAUUGCUUUAAUCAUUGAAACAUCAGUUACUAUUUGAGUUUGGUAAUUAUGCAAAAGUGGAUGACACCUUAUAUAUAUACAAUGUUUGUGUAAUAUGAUACUUUUUCUAUUUUUUCUGAAUACAUUAUUAACUUCAGAUUGAAUUUAAUCUAUAUAAUCUCCUAAAUAAAUCUCUUAAACAAAAUUCUGUACAAAUAUAUAUUACUAGAUAUAAAAAAUAAUGUUAAAAAUACUUAAAAUAAUAGGAUUGAUAUUUAAGUAUUUUUUCAAAAUUAUCAAUCAGAGUACUUUAAAGGCUAAGUAAUAAAUGUGUCUGUCUUUUACCAAAACUAAUGAACCUUUUAUUAAUUCCAAAGUUUGGUAUUGGAAAAUAUUUAAUGUUUACAUAAAGCUAGUUUUGAUAGGGGUAGCAUUUUAUUUUUAUGAAAUAAAUUUUUGUUGUUGAUCAGCAAAUUGAAUAUGUAAAUUUGGUAAUAGAAUGACAAGUCAUAUAAACAUAAUAAAUUUUUAAUUGAGUCCCGAGUAACAUUUCACAUAUCCUUGUUAUUAUUAAUAAACUGUAAAUAUUUAUUGAAUGGAAUGUAAAUGAUCCUUAUCUUUCUGGACUAGAUAUUUUGUUCAGACUUUGUAGGCAUUCUAUGAUAAUUAGUUUGAAUUGUAUUAUAAGUUACAUAUUGUAUAUAAAAUUUGUUUAUUAAUUGUUUGGGAUAUCCACCACAACUGAUAAAGUAGAGUAGGUCUCGGGUGGGGACACAUUGAUAUUUCAACUCUCAACACUCCCAAUUUAUUCAUUAGCACCGAUCUUGGGAACAGCAGUGAUGGGUGUAAGUAAUUUGUAAAUGAAAGCUUUUGUCAGUCUGUUACCAUCCGUCUGUUACCAAAACUAUAUUGAUAAAAGUCAUAACUAACAUAUCAACAAAAGUGGAAAAUAAAUGCUAUGGAUUUAUUAGAAUAUGUUUAAAUAUUAAUGAAAAAACUGUACAACGCUUUCUGGAAUGUUUGUGUUUAGCCAUGUCUCACAAAAACACUUAACAUUCGCUUCUCUAAAAUCUGACAAAUACUUUGUGCUGGCACGUAAUUCAUCUACUUUAUUUUUUAGGCUGCGAACAUUUCCGAAAAUAACUGUGGGAAGAGGUGGGUUAAAAUGUCGUCACAACUAGUUUAUUCAACUACAACAGCAUAUAUUUGAUAUGUAUCAAUGUUUGUGUUGUUGUCCAGUUCUUUAACCACUUUUCGUAUGUCCCCAAAUAACAACUCAGUGGGUUUCAUAGCUGGUUGACAAUCUCAGGUUUAAGUAGCUCUUUCCUCAGGCACAACAAUUCCAAAUUUGCAUUAGCCAAUAAGGCUAUGGCAUCUUGGCCUUGCGUGUCAAGAUUUUUUGUAUUCUGGGCAUACCUAGCCAUCACUGUCAUACCCUUAAUGAGUGGCUUCUGAAUACGUUGCCGUUGUAGAUCAUGGUAUCAAGUCUUGGCUGUAUGCUCUCCCAUAUUAAAUUUGGAUUUUUUGAACGUGGAAGCAUUUGUCACAAUGGUAAUGUGAAGUUCCGCUUGUUACUUCUUUGGGCCUUGUUGACUCUCCCCUCCACCAACCAAAGAAUAUUACCCCUUUCAGACAGACCUGCAAAACGGUAUUAAUACCGUAUUUCUCGAACGCCGGCGUUCUAUGUGAAAGGGUAAAUAUGCCUAAACGUCGGCUUCAGUUAGACCUCCUCGGGACCUAGUCUUAAUACCGCAUUAAUACCGUAGCAAGUUUUGCCCAACUCGAUGUGAACGGGUACAGGGUUCAUCGCCGUCUUACGCACUGAGGCAUAACAAAUCAGACGGUCACACGAGCAGCCAUCAACCGCUGCUGCAGCUAACAAAGCCGAUGAAAUUGCUAGCUGACAGUUCUUUAGACGCGAAAAUCGCCUGCACCUAGCUGCUCGAAAUUCAAGCCGGCCUCGCCUUAAACGCUUCCUAAAUUCUUUCUUCCCUUGAACGAAAAGCAUUAGAAACCUUCUGUUUCUCAAUUUUUAUGUAUUGCAAACAUAGCAAGCAUUAAAAAACAUUUGCAAAGCAGCAGUUUUAUGACUUCAUCUCUGGCCAUAUUGGAUUAAUGAAGUAAACAAAAACUUGCGCCCUCUUUGUUAACUCUCUCUUUGUCCAAAAAAAAAAAAAAAUAUUCAAAAUACUGAUGAAUACUGUAUUUAUUAGAUGGUGUAUUAGGAUAGUAAGAAAUGUCUAUUGCUAGACAAUGUACAUAUGUUUUUUUUUCCUUAAAUCUUAUAUUGUGAAUUAUUAUUGUUGCACAAUAGCGAUUGUGCCUCUGUUACAAAAGAGAAACAAUAAAGUUAUUAUUAUUGUUAAAAAGCACAAGUGCCACAGACAUCAAAUACUCCUUCACGCAAGAAGCCUUUCAGACAGGAUACGGUAUUAUUACCGGAUUUUAACUAGCUGUUUGAAAGGGUCUGCGCCGGCAAUAACGGCGGCGUGAUUAGGGUAUUAUUGCGGUAUUUUCUGUCUGAAAGGGACUUAAGUGUAUUGGGAUGCCAAUGUACAGGUUAGGGGUUUGAGUGAGACCACCUGAUGAGACUUCCCACGGAACAAAUUGUACUAAAUAAUAAUGCCAUAGGGAAAAUAUUACUUUGUUGUACUUUAAAAAGUACUUCUCAAAGUUUAAAAGUAACACUUUAACAGGAAUGUUUUAUACUAUGGUACAGUAUCUGUGAAUAUCCUUAAUUAUAAUAAAAUUUGUGAGGAAUACAAUUAGUGAUAUUUGAGCUUUUGUAUGUUUUGUGAUUAAAAAAUGAAAUCUUAUAAAUGGAAAAGACUUUUAUUUGUAACAGUCACUGCAAAGGACUGGCUGCUAUCACACCUACCAGUAUUGCUACAGUGUAUAACAAUGUGAAAAUAUAUAGGUAGAUACUGUAUAUAAAAGGUGAAUGAAUAUUUGAGGACUGUUUCUACUUUCAUCAUUCACUUAUUUGUAGUUACAUGUUAUACCAUUAUUCCUGACAAGGACAGUCAUACUCGUUUUCAAUUGCAAGAUGUGGGAAUGUGUAAUUUGUGUGUUUAAUUCCCCCAAAAAUAUUCACAUUUUUACAGGAGAAAUUCAUUAUUAAAUGCCAACCACAGAAAAUUUA